ACCGCAAGUGUUUCUGUGCACCUACUGGUGUUUCGGCUAGAAGUGACUAAAACUAUUAAGUUGUGCAAUAUAAUACACUAAUAAAGAAUAAGGCAACAUUUUGCAUUUAAAGUGCUGAAAGUACUUCUGAGUGUUGCAACUGAGUCAAAGAGCGAAAAAAUUGUGCCAACUAAAGAUAAAAAGUAAUAUUCUAAUUAAUUGUGCUGAACGUAAUAAUACACAUACACAUGUAAAAUACACAUACCGCCGACGAAAACGAAUUACUAAAGUAGCAGUAGCAGUACAUUAAUGUAUCUUACAGAUACUGAAAAGUAAAAAAAAACGAAUAUUUGUGAAUGCGCAGCAGGUGAAUUCCAACUAAAUCCUCUAUUAUUUGCAAGAAAAACGAACAGUACACUCAUUUGUAAGGGUGUACGUGUGAGUGCUUGUGUGUUUGUGCGACUGAGUGUAUUAAAGUGUUUUUAUUUGUCCAACUCGUAACUGUGCGAAGUUCACUAUGAAAACAAAACGCAAAUUGUGCUAAACGGAUAUUUGCAUACUACAUAUUUACUAUUGAAUUGGCUUUGAAAAAUAUAAAAAUAGAAUUUCAAUUAUAAAAACCGAAAAGUGUUCGAAUUGAAAAGAUAGCAGUGCAUAGUGUGUAACAGUUUGCAUCCUCGUGCAGGAUGGAUGUGAAAGAUAUUAAAGGUGCCAAAGUGACGCAUGCCGGCCUGCUGAAGCACAAUGCUGACGGCAGUACCGAAACGCAAAAAAUCACCCACGCCGGUCUGGUGGCGCGUAGUCCCGAAGGAACCGCCGCCAAGGGCAUGAAUAUACGCGGCAAUGAAGACCUAUGGGUUGAAAUACAAGCAAACACAUUUCGCAAUUGGGUGAACGAGCACUUGCGAUCAACAGGAAUGCAGGUCCACGAUUGGGCGACCGACUUCUGUGAUGGCACUUGUCUCUGCGCGCUGGUGGAGAACCUGCAAACACGUCCACUUAAACCAUCAUGGAACCGACGUCCAGCCAAUCAACAUCAUUACCUUGAGAACGCAACAACAGCGUUAAGUGCCGUCGAAAAGGACCACAUCAAACUCGUCAAUAUUGGCAAUGUAGACAUUGUGAAUGGCAAUGUGAAACUCAUUUUGGGUCUUAUCUGGUCGCUGAUUGUGCGUUACCAAAUCGGUCGCAGCAAGUUCCCACCCAGAAAGCUUAUGCUCGCCUGGUUGCAGGCAGCGCUACCCGAAUGCAAGAUCACCAAUUUGACCACGGACUGGAAUAGUGGUGUCAACUUGGCCGCAUUGUUGGACUACUGUCAACCAGGCCUGUUUCCACAUUGGCGUUCGCUGGAUCCUAGUCAAAGUGUGCGCAACUGCACGAAUGCCAUGAAUUUGGCCCAAAGUGAGUUCGGUGUGCCAAAAGUGUUGGAACCGGAGUAUUUGGCUUCCCCAUGGUUGGAUGAAUUAUCUGGUAUGACAUAUCUAUCGUACUUCAUGAAGCCUGGUGGACCAGGUUAUAAUGCUACAAUGCGUUGGGUUAAUACACAGGUCAAGGAUUCUGUUAAGAAUUUCACGACGGACUGGAACGAUGGACGCGUUAUGUGUGAAAUUAUUAAAGGUCUCGGUGGCCCUGCACCUGCACCCGAAAAAUUAAGUACCGACCCUUUCCAUUAUGAAAAUAAUAUACGUAAAGCGGUGGAAGCUGGCCAGCGUCUGGGCGUUCAACCCAUACUCACAGCCAAGGACAUGGCUAAUCCAGAAGUAGAGCAUUUGGGCAUAAUGGCUUAUGCUGCACACUUACAAUGGGUGCCACCCCGACCACCACUUUCCGAUUUAAUCAAUGUUUUAAUGGAAAGCAAUUCUGGACGUGUUGGUGAACCGACUCAUUUCCGCAUCGAUGUGCUCUCACGCGAUAUUAGCCUUAGCUCGGUGAAGGCAUUUGUAGUGCCACCAUCAGGCCAGCCGCAACCGGUACGUCUCAAUCCACAUGGCGAAGGCGUCUACAUACCCGACAAGUAUGGCAUGCAUGAGAUAGUUGUGGAGAUUGGCGACGAUAGUCUGGGCGGACAUUUCUUCCGUGUGCUGCCACGUUUUAUACAAGUGGCACCACCUGGCAUGGCACCCUGUGCUCUAGGUAGUCUUGUCGAGGUGCUAGUCAACGCCACUGGCGCACCAAAGACCGAAGACAUACUCGUCACUGCCGUUUCGCCAACUGGCAUCUCUCACAACUGCCCGUUGAAGAAGGUCGAGGAAGGACACAGUGCCAUAUUCAAGCCGGACGAAGCAGGCAUUUGGGAAAUCGCCAUUACCUACCAGGGCCGUCAUAUUCAGGGAGGACCAUUCACUUGUGCCGUCUUCGAUGCUAGCGGCGUCUCGGUGCAUGGCUUGGAUGGCGCAAUGCCGUUGCGAGCACACUCCUUCGAGGUGGAUGCACGUGGCGUUGGUGUCACUGGCGAACUGCAUGUGGACAUUGUGCAUGACAAACGUUCGCUUGUCUGCUCUAUUGAAAAGAUCGUUGAGAAUAAGUAUAGAGUCACCUUCAUGCCACGCCAAAAUGGCAAAUAUCGCGUGUACAUAUAUUUCAAUGGUUACGAUGUGAAAGGUUCGCCGUUCAUUAUGCGUGUCGGCACCAAAGGACGUUCGGGCAAAACGCGUAGCAGCCCUUUGCAUGAGAGCAAACAUCGCUCAGAGAGUCCCUCGAUGCAUUACACUUCCACCACAAAUACGAGACACAAUGACUAUAGGAAUACUACGUCGGCAGCAACAGCUUCGCUCUCACGUCGAGAUUUAUUGAAUCACAACAGCGCAGAACGACAAAGAUCAUACUCGCCGCAAGUAUCACCGAAAAUCGAUACACCCGACUACCGCACCACAUCGAGCUACUACAAAAGAGAGAGUGAGGAUAAAUUGGCAACUUCCCCCACACCACCACCGGCUUCCCAACUCCUCUCACGCGAUCUAUACAACAAUUCUCCUACAACCAAAUAUAUCAACUCAACCGAUUUGUAUACCCUCAAUACGACACGUCGUGACUCGAAAGUUUCUUCGAAUUCGUCCACCACCAAACACGACUACUACUACGACAAAGAGAAUGAGCUGUACCAUCGUAAGCGCAAUGAUCGCGAUUUGAAAUUGGCGCCACCACGCGAAGAUCGCUUUGAUGACUCGCCAACGCAAGCGCCAUCGCUCUACCAACAAUUCCAUGUGCAGCAGCAACAGCAGAGUCACACAGCCAAUGUCAAAUCGGCAACUACUUUCGCGACACGUCUCAGCCCGAUACCUAGUAUACGCUCGAGUGAAGUACGCACCCACAGUCCAUUGACAAUUAAAACUUCGAUUCCAUAUGAGUCGAAUGCGCGCAACUUAAGCGCCAGUCCACGACACACCUCAAUUUCGCCGGUGCAACGUUAUUCACCCAGCAAUGCCUACAUUUCGACAGCCACACACCGAAUUGGCAGCCCAGUCACAACUCUGAAUAAGAACGGUCUAAAUAAUCGCUCCGAUUACGAAACUUCUCGCACCGUUGAGAAAUCUUCGACAUACAAAUCGACCUCUAAUUAUGUUUCCGACUCCAAUGUACGUGCCAGCCCCUCACUCUACACAACUGCUGAGCGCUUGCGUCGUACCGCCUCACCUGAACCGCGCAUCGAUCACUCAUCGAAUGUGCGCGUAUCAUCAAUCAAACCGACAACGGCACGUCGCGACAGCUGGGAUGUCAUCAAUAAAACCAAACAUAUGCUUUCGCAUAAUUCGCUCGAAUCGUUGGCAAAUAUGACGGAAAAGCAAUUGAAUACAGACCUCUCGUACAAUCGACCCGAUAUCGACCAUGAAACACAUCGCAAUACACAAUACAACAAAUUUGCAUUGCAGGAACAAAAGUAUCACUCUGAUCGACGUGGAUCACGUGAUUCGGUCGAUGAUGUGGAUCGUUACAAACCCAGUGCCAUUACAGUUAAAUCACACUCCAAAAACACUUACACCGACAAAUCGGGUGGUUACACGAAGACCGUUAAGGAGUCUAGUGAGCACGUCGUUAGGGAAAGUACCUCUGGUGGUGGUGGUGGUGGUGGCAAUGGGAAUGGUCAUUAUGGCUAUAGUUCACUAUCGCGAUUUCGACCCAUAGACAACAAUGCCACCGGUGCGCGUGCCAUACGUGUACAGAAUAUUCCAAACGGUGCCAUUGGACGCCCCGUAGAGUUCGAGAUCGACGGUUCGAAGGCUGGUUCGGGUAAUUUGGAGAUACUUGUCAAUGGUGGCCGUGUCACAUCGUCGGUACGUUCGUUGGGUGGUCAACGUUUUGUAGCCAGCUUCACGCCCCACGAACCGGGAAUACACACCGUACAGAUUACUUUCAAUGGCGAAACAGUGACAGGUUCACCGUGGCACGUUGAGAUCAUGUCUACACCCGGUCUAACAGCACUGGGCGAAUCGACACGCCUUGUACCCGCUAAUACACCGGCGGUUUUUGAGAUACUGCCGCCUCCUGGACAAAGCCUAAGCAAGGGCGAGUGCGUGGCUACAGUUUUGACACCAACUAAGUCCAAACUGAAUGCCAGAGUCACCCAUGAGGCGGCAAAUGGUGCUGCACGCAUCGAAUUUGUGCCCACCGAAGUGGGCACACACAUCAUCGAGGCAUCGAUCAAUGGCACAAAAAUUGCCGGUGGGCCACUUAUCGCCAAAGUAUACGAUGCCAGUCUAAUACAAGUGACCGAUGUGAAUGGCGGCGUUGUCGGGCAACCGUGUCAAUUCCGUGUCGAUGCAAGCGCUGCUGGCGAAGGUCAGCUGGAAAUAUCAAUUAACGAAGGCGAAGUACCAAAUCACGUUCAGGUUGUCGGUGGUGGACGUUGUUUGGUCUCCUUCACACCCGAACAGGCCAAAUCACAUUUGAUCGAUAUUAAAUUUAAUGGUGAAACGGUGCGUGGUUGUCCAUUCGUAUGCGCAGUUGCAGACACUUCUCGCGUCAUGCUGAAUCUCUCGAAUCUCGAAUUGAUACCCGUCAAUCGGCCAGCUUCGUUCCAUAUUACUGUAAGCGGUGGUGGUGCUGCUGAAUUGGCGGUCAGUGUGCGCGGUCCGCAUGGUGAACUGCCGGUACGUGUCACUGGUGAUAUACACGCCGGCUUCACUGCCGAAUUUACGCCCACCUCAGUCGGUGGACACUCGAUCAAUGUGGAAUAUAAUGGUUUUGCCGUGCAAGGUACUCCAUUUUUGGCAAAAUCUUAUGAUGCGACGAAAGUGGCAGUGGGUAGUGUGUCGCGUGGUACUGUUGGCAGAUCUGUGCAAUUUACAGUGGACGCUGGCGAUGCAGGUGAGGGUAAUUUAGAGAUCACCAUUUCGGCGAAAGGACAGAAUAUACCGACCCAAGUGCAUCCACAAGGCAGUGCAAGAUUCUCCGUUUCGUUUGUGCCAACUGAGGCGUGUGAGCAUACCAUCAAUGUGACCUUCAAUAAAAUGCCGGUACCUGGGUGUCCGCUAACUGUGAACAUUAGUGGUGGCAUGUCCGGUCCACAAGUGUCACUAGGCGGUCCUGGCCCGGUGCAUCAGCCGAAUUCUUUUGUUAUCAAUCACGCUGGCGGUCGUUUGGAAGACAUCGAGGUCAAUGUUGAAGGACCUGCCGGCCAGUCAGUGCCCGCACAGGUUCAUCAAACGUCGGAGGGUAUCUUCAAGGCGGAGUUUGUGCCACGAGUUGUCGGCGAGCAUCGAGUAAAUGUAACCGUCAACGGUUUGUCCACCGCGGGUAGUCCCUAUGCAGCUAAGGUGUACGAUGUUAAUGCCAUCAAAGUGAAGAACGUCAGCAAUGGCACAGUCGGUAAGGCGGUCACUUUCCUCGUGGAGACCUCACAAGCUGGUCCUGGUAAUCUUGAGGUGACCGUCAAUGGCGGUCGUGUACCGACUUCGGCUCAAGCACAGGGACAGCACACUUACGCCAUUAGUUUUACACCACGUGACCCUCAAAAUCACACCGUUGAAUUGCGUUUCAAUGGACAAGAUGUACCGGGCUCACCGUUCACUUGUCGUGUCUCAGCCGCUGCGCGUAUACAAUCACCCGAAGCACUAGAUAAGGUGAGCGUUGGACGUUUGUUUGAGUUUGUAGUCGAAUCAGACACGGAACCAAGUGUGGAGAUACUAGGUCCGGCUAGACGCAAUGUACCUGUGAAGAUCGAUCCAUUGGAUACUAUUGGCUAUAACAUCAAAUUUGAGCCUGUUGAGGUAGGCGAUCACUCAGUGGAAGUGCGUUUGCCUGGUGGCGGUCAUGUGGAAGGUAGUCCCUUCUUACUCAAAGCCUAUUCCGCCGAGAAAGUCAUUGUCACCGAUAUACGUCCAGGUGUGGUUGGGAAGAGCGUUAGUUUUGGCAUUAAUGCCAGUCAGGCUGGUGCAGGCAACUUGGAAAUCAUCGUAGCUGUUAAUGGCAAAAACGUGCCCAACUAUGUACAGUCCGAGGGUAAUGCACGCUUCAAGGUUAACUUCAAGCCCACGGAGGCGGCGCCACACUCGCUUUCAGUUCGCUUCAAUGGGCAUCCUGUACCCGGUUCACCGUUCACCUGUCAGAUCGCAUCCGCACCAAUCAGUUUGCCACGUGCUUUGGCCAGCGGUGAAGGUCUAAAGCAAGCAGCUAUAAAGUUGGAUAAUACAUUUGAAUUGGAGGGGUUCGAAGGCGUUGAGCCUCAAGUAUUUGUUACAACACCAUCCGGUGAUAAUAUUAUAUGCCAGUUAAGUCCACAAGGUGGCGACGCUUAUACCGCUGCAUUCCAGCCCACGGUGGUUGGCCGGCAUUUGAUAAGCGUCACAGCUAAUGAUAAACAUAUUAACGGUUCCCCGUUCUCGUGCAAUGUCUUCGACGUUUCACGUGUCAGCAUCAGCGGUUUGGAUCAGCAGUAUGGCCCAGCCGCAUUGGGCGUGCCAGUAACUUUCAGCGUGGAUGCCGCUGGCGCUGGUGAAGGUACCCUUGAAUUAGUCGUUUCCACUGAUACGAGCACUGUGAAGGCGGAAGUGGUUGCCUGCGCACGUGGUCUUUACGAUGUUACCUUCGUGCCGCAGACAACGGAACAGCAUUACGUUAAUAUCACAUUCAAUGAAGUACCCGUCGAUGGCAGCCCAUUCCGCGUCGACAUACAACAAACUACACAGUACAUACAGAUCGGUAGUUUGGCCACCAUCGACUUUCCUACUGAUGACCAGAUCGCGGAGAUCGUUGGACCCGAUCACAAACCGGUGCCGUAUACCAUCACACGGCAGACGGCAGAAUUCCGCACACAUAUGACGGGCAAUUAUUUGAUACGUUUUAUUGAUCGCGAUACACGUCAACACAUAGGCACACGCACACUUAACGUCUUCGACCCAUCGCUGGUGAAGAUCACCGAAGUGGGUGAGCCCCUCUGCCAGCGACCAGCUAGCAUUUCAGUAUCACUCAACGAGGCUGGACAAGGUGAGUUGUCAGCGUUGGUGAAGUGCGGUGCUUCUGAGGUGCCACAUACCAUACGUGGUCCCUCCAAGACAGGGGUUUAUGAGAUUGUCUACCAUCCAAUGCGCGUGGCUCCACACAAGAUCACGAUACUGUACAACGAAGUACCGAUCUCGCUGAAACCGCUUGAGAUUAACGUGCUGCCAGCAAAUGUUGGCAAAGAGAUCAGUGUAUCUGGACUUGGUUUAUAUCAGGCACGUGUGGGCAAAACUACUUCAUUUGCCAUCGAUACAGUUAAGAGACCAGCGCGCGAAUUUGACGUAGUUGUAUCAGGACCGGGUGGCCAAGCAUUACCAGUACGCUGCUAUCAAACUAAGAGCGGACAUUUACAGGCCGAAUUCACCAUCAACAAACCAGGCCAAAGUAUAAUUGAGGUACUCCAUCAAUCUAAGCCACUACCAGGCAGUCCAUUCACAUGUGAGGCCUUUGACACUAGUCGUGUCACGGCUCAAGGCGUACCUAAAGGACAGUUAGCAUUACACAGCCCCAUCUGCUUCACAGUGCGCACUGAGAAUGCCGGUAUCGCAGAAUUGGAAGCCUUUGCCAUCUCCCCAACCAAUCAAAAUCUACCUGUUCACAUCACCGAACAGUCAGAGGGCAUCCAUAGCGUUGAAUUCGUGCCAUCCCAGCCGGGUGCCUACAAAUUAACAAUCAUGUACGGUGGCGAGACCAUCCAGGGUUCGCCUUUCACCUUCACCGCCUCCGCGACAGGCGUGAAGACAGACACACGUGCCGCUGGUAAUGGUCUGGAGGUGUGCCAGCGCAACAAGGAAGCCUCUUUUAUUGUCUACUGUCCCAUUGCACCGAAUGUGCAAAUCGAACGCGUGGAUGAGUUUGGCGAACGAAUUGAACCGAAAAUUAAGGCGUUGGGCAACAAUGAAUGGCGCAUUUCAUACACGAUUCUCUCCGUUGGCCAUUAUGAGAUACGCGCCAGCUGUCCGAAUCGUGGCAAUUUGCCUGGCUCUCCGUGGAGCAUUUCUUGUGUGGAAACUUCUAAGAUCACUCCUGUCGGCGGUUGGGGCACGCUGCUAGACCACGACGGCCGUCUUAUUUUACCGGCACGUAUAGUUUUCGAUGUGGAAAAUGCGGGUCCGGGCGAGUUGGCCUGUUCUAUAGAUGGCAUUGAAAUUCCGGUCGACAAGUUAAAUGAUGGUAAAAUGCGUAUUUACAUUUCCGCAGACAGUUUAGCACCAGGCGAACACGAUUUAGACCUCACUUGGAGUGGUCUAACCAUUGUCCAAUGUCCACGCAGUGCAUUUGUGACUGGUCAACAAGCGGCCGAUAAGGUUCUGCUCACCGGUCGCGGUCUGGCUGCGGCACAAGCUGGCGAGGCUGCACAUUUUACCAUCGACGCUACAAAUGCACCCGCUGGACGACCUGAGGUUAUACUUGUACAUCAAGAUAACACUUCCGUGCCGGUAAGUUUGGCGCAACCGCGACCAACCGAAAAUAUCUGGUUGGCUUCCUACACGCCGCAGAAGUCAUCGUCGGGACCGUUAACUUUAUCUGUGAAAUGGAACGGUCGUCUGGUGAAGGGUUGCCCGCUCACAGUUGCUGUCGGUUCGUCUAUGGAUGCCUCGAAAGUCAUUUGCUCGGGUGAGGGUCUUCGACAUGGCAUUGUCGGCAAGGAUAUUAAGUCAUGGAUUGAUACGCGACGUGCUGGUCCUGGUGAGUUGACUGCUCACUGCGCUGGCCCACGAAAGGUGGCCUACUGUGAGCUGUAUGAUCAUGGGGAUGCUACAUUUACGCUGAACAUAAAACCACAGGAGCCGGGUAGGCAUUUACUGACAAUCAAAUACGGUGGCCAAAAUGUGCCGGGUUCGCCGUUUGCUUUGAAGGUCGCCGGAGCACCCGAUGCAAGCAAGGUUCGCGUCUAUGGGCCCGGCAUUGAGCACGGCGUGCUCGCCACCUUCCAGUCGCGUUUCAUCUGCGAUACACGCGGCGCCGGCGCUGGCCAACUGACUGUGCGUGUGCGUGGUCCCAAAGGUGCAUUCCGCGUGGAAAUGCAGCGCGAGAGUCAAAAGGAUCGCACCAUACUCUGCAAGUAUGACCCCACAGAACCCGGUGACUAUCGUGUCGAGGUGAAAUGGGCUGGUGAAUUUGUGCCCGGCUCACCAUUCCCGGUAAUGAUAUUCGACACCGAAGAAGAGUUACGUCGAUACUUGCAAGGUAUAUGAGG